UGCUGCUGCUGCAAAAAAACAAAAACAAGUAAACAUGGCCCUAACUACAGGCUGGGGCCGUACAGUACUUAACACCCUCACAGUAGCGGCCAUUCUCCCAUAUGGGAUCGCUAUAUUCCUGUACCACAAGUUCGGCUGGCCAACAACCUACCAGGGAGGGAAGCUAGCCGGGCUACAUCCUCAGAAAGUCUUCAAGCUGAACUAUGCAGCCAUGCAGUGGUUUGUGGUGGGGACUAUACAGAACCUGCCGCUGUAUUUCACUAUAACCAGGGCUUAUAGAACAGCCAGACCAGAAAGCCUCAUAAAGAGCAUUCCGUUUGGCCGGCACAACUGUCUCCUAGACCUGCACCUGCCUCACCCUGUUCCAGGACGGCCCCUUCCUCCCAAGAUGCCCGUGUACAUCUUUGUGUUCGGGGGCGCCUGGACCUCGGGUAGCAGAACACUUUAUUGCAUGCUGGCCAAUCAGCUGGCAGAUAAGCUACAGUCUGUGGUAGUGGUUCCAGACUACCCAUUGUGGCCUGAAGAACAGCAUGUCCAUGCCAUGCAGACAGCUAUUAUUGACAGUGUAGCCUGGACCUACAAGAACAUUGAGAAGUACUCUGGAGACAAAAUGAAUAUCCACCUGAUGGGGCACUCAGCAGGUGCUCACCUGAGUGUCCUGGCACCCAUGGCAUUGGCACAAGGUGACUAUUCUCCAUUAGAUGAUAACACGACGUCCAGUACCCUCCUCCCAGCCAUCAGAAAGGUCCUGGGCUUCUCGGGUGUGUAUGACAUCACAGACCACUACAAGCACGAGGAGAUGCGGGGAGUAGCUGACGUGUCACCCAUGCACAGAGUCAUGGGAGGACCAGACAACUUCCACCUCUGGUCACCAAGUGUUCUGGUCGACGUCUUAGCAGAAAAAGACUUGAUCUCCAGACUCCCUCCGAUGUACCUGUUCCACGGCACUGCAGACCACAUCGUCCCUUACCAGUCUACCGUCAAGUUGGGCGAACGUUUGGCUAAAGUCAACGGGAAAGCCGUGGUGAAAAUUUUCCCGGGCGUCGGACAUUCUGAACCGGUGACGGAUGUAAUGUUACCCGACCGUCCGACCUAUGACCUGAUCAUGGGCUGUAUCAUGGAGACAGCCAAGGACCAAAGGAACCAAGGGGACCAAGAACCUGCUAUACUUCCUAAUUUUAUCUCAGGAUAAAUAAAUUAGUAAUUAAAAUCAUAUCGUUAAUUAAAAAAAGGCAAAAAAAAGGCAUCCAAUGCAAUUUUAGGGCGGCAAAAGCAAAAAAUAAAAUAUUCUGAUUGAGGAUAUC